CAUGGGAUGUUUAGAGGAAAACAAUAACAAACAAGUUUCGGUUAAGUUAUGAUGUUUAUUAAUUGGCUAAUCGUGUUGUAAAUUCAUAAAAAUAGAAUAAUAACUGUUUGAUUGUAUAAGGACUUAUUUUCUAAAGUUAUAAGCAAAGGAAAUAAACUUUAAGAUGUCAGAAUUGAAUUCGCAGUUAAAAGAAUAUCUUUCGAGGAACAAUAAAUCGAAUUCCGAGGGAUUAAGUACAAAAUCGAUAACAUAUUGGUUUACUAAGCUUCCGGAAAACAAAUUUAUUAGUAAGAACAAUAACAAUUCUUUUAAAGAAGCUGAAGAGGAUCCUCUGAUUCCAGCAUUGGGUAAAAGACAAAAAAUUUUUGGUUUUAUUGGAUGCAUUACAAUGGGAAUUUUAUGUUUUUGUUUGGCUGGAUUAUAUGUUCCUGUUUUGUUAUUUAAAGCUAGAAAAUUUGCACUGUUAUACACAAUGGGAAGUUUAUUUGUCAUAAGCAGGUAUGUUUUGAGUUAUAUUCCCGGAGGCCAAACAGGGAUGAAAUUUUUUACCAAGAUAUUUACAAGUACUGUAACAAAAACAGCAAAUAAAUCAUUACCUAUUUAA